GGCGGUGCCCCGCAGGGCCGAGGGGGAGCGUAGCGGUGGCGGAGUGUGAGGGUGAAGAUGUCGGGCUGCGAGGCCCGCGACGCCAAGAAGCUGGUGCGGUCGCCCAGCGGGCUGCGCAUGGUGCCCGAGCACCGCUCCGCCCGCAGCCCCUUCGGCCUGGACGAGCCGCCCUGGGUGCCUGACAAGGAGUGCCCAAGAUGUAUGCAGUGUGAUACAAAAUUUGACUUCAUAACGAGAAAGCACCACUGCCGAAGAUGUGGGAAGUGUUUCUGUGACAAGUGCUGCAGUAAAAAAGUGCCUCUGCCUCGCAUGUGCUUUGUGGACCCUGUGCGCCAGUGUGCUGAAUGUGCCCUCAUCUCUCAGAAAGAAACAGAGUUUUAUGACAAGCAGCUUAAAGUACUUAUGAAUGGUGCUACGUUCUUUGUAACUCUGGGAACAUCUGAAAAAUCUGAGCUCAUGGUUUGUCGACUUUCCAACAAUCAGAGGUAUCUGGUUUUGGAUGGAGACAGCCACUAUGAAAUCGAAAUUAUACAGAUUUCAACUGUUCAGAUACUUACAGAGGGAUUUACUCCUGGAGAAAAAGAUACUCACACUUACACCAGCCUUCUGGAGAGCCAGCACAUAAGUGAAGGAGGCAAUACUCGUGCCAUAGGUAUGAUUCUGCAGUAUAAGGUACCAGGAUCAGAGGAGCUAACGCAGAUGAAGUUUACAGCUAGUGAAGACUUCAGCUGUAAUAAGAAGCUGUCAGCAAGCUGGCUGGCAGCUAUGCACAAGGCAACAAAACUUCUUUACGAGUCCCGGGACCAGUAAGGACAGCAAAGGUUGAGGCACCUGAGGGCAGAGCCUGGCCUCCAUGGACCUCCCUCUCGCCCUGUGCUAGCUGAGGGCUGGUAACAGGGUUCUUGACCCUUUCUCAUUCCAGCGUGGUUUGGUAUGCAGGAACUGGCAGAUGCAGUGGGAGUAUUUUCUGACCCAUUUCUGACCCAUUUCUGACCCAUUUCUGACCCAUUUCUGAGUAUUCACAAUAGUGUGCAAUAUGUAUACAAUUAAUGCUUUAAACAGCCUCACCUUUUAAGACUUUGUAUAUUUUGUUAAGCCUUUAUUGGCACUUAAUAUGAAAGUGACCUGCACUACAGCUCAUGUACAGCACAACUUUUAUAGUAACAGUUAUAUAUACUGUUUGCUACAGAAAGCAAACAAACGUGUAUGUCUCUUCUGCAGAGAAUAGCUUUUGGGCAUAGAUCUCAGGUUUUUCCCUCUAUCCAAAUGUUUAAAAGUCAAUGUACAAUAAUAAAAUCUGCCUUAGAUAUGAUUUUAUAGAAAUCACUUGGGGUUUUUUUUAACAUUUCAUGUUAAACAUCUAAAUAUUUCACCAAGUACCACAAACUGGACUUACAUGAACAUGACCUUGAAACUUCACUUCUGUGAUAAAUAAGCUUCCAGAAUAAUGUUUAGUUUUGUAUUUUCUUUUUGGUAACUAGCUUUUGUUAAUCUAACUGUAAUGCUCUCUGAAAUUGUAUACAGUUUAAUGUACAAAUAUGAAUAAAUUAAUUCACUUAUUUAAAAAACCUAGGAGAUACUUAAUUUUGCAGUGUGUAACUUCUUUAAUGGUGGAUACGGUGGUCUCUGCUCUCUGAAACUUUCCCUUUUGAUAAAGAGCAUUCUCAGUUUAGUUCUAACUGUUGAUAAUUGUUCAACCACGGGGAUGAAUCCUCUGGCUACAUGCUCUGCCAAGUGAAUUUCUGCCCUCGGUCUUCCCUUACUGGUAAAAACUGAGUAAACCAGCGCGGGUGGCUGAGCUGUCAGCUUGUGUGUAAAGGGGCCCUGAGAGCUUUUCUAGGUACGUAUUAAUUUGUCACAGCUGGAAUACUGGAGAACUUGUGUAAAAAGCUGUCUGGCAACGUGCUGUCUGUGCAGCUGGUGAAGGAAGCGGUGAGGAAGCUGGAGGUGACAGGUAGAACACAACAUGCUCAAGUUGCUCUUUUUAUGGAGACUCUGAGCGAAGGCAUGUCUGUCUGCUCUUGCACCUGUAUAAAAAUACUGGAGAAUGCAGCCAUGCCUUAGCAGGACUUUAUUGUGCACAUUUACAUGUUCUCUGAAUUAGUGUAUCAUAGGCUCUUGAAAUCAUCACAUUCAUGUAGCAAAUUCUUCAACAAUAAUACCCUUUCACUUUUCACCACAAUAUAUACAGUUAACGCUAACCUGUGGUAAAAGCAAGUUACAGCACUGCAGGAAUGGAUAUAUAAAUUAUACACAGAACUUGUACAUGAAGAAUUAAUCAAAUUGCAUACUGGUAAAUGGGAGAAAAUUACAAGAAAUAUGGCUAAAACUCAUAAUGGGAAAUUCAAAAUAGACUUUUGGUGUAUAAAAUCAUGUACAAUUAAAAUGCCAGUGAAGUGCCUUUUUUUUUUUUUUGGUUGAAACUCCCAUGUAGUGGAAUAGGUUAUUGCAUAACUUGCCUUGGCAACAGCUGGAGGCUGCCAAGAACCACA